UCUCCUCCUCCAUCUCGUGCUCUUUGCUGGGUGAAAGAGUUGAAUGUGACGGAAGUGCAGAGAUAAGGGAAGCGCUUCAGCCAGCAGAACCCGGCCCCGGGCAACACGGCGAUCGAAUAGAACCUUGCCCUGGAUCCGGAGCUGCAACACGGCGUUCCAAUAGAACCUUGCCCUGGAUCCGGAGCUGCAACACGGCGUUCCAAUAGAACCUUGCCCUGGAUCCGGAGCUGCAACACGGCGUUCCAAUAGAACCUUGCCCUGGAUCCGGAGCUGCAACACGGCGUUCCAAUAGAAGUUUGCCCCGGGAUCGCACGCCGGAGAGUUGGCUGAUUUGGACCCUGGAGUGUGUGAGAGAGAGAACACCCAAGAAUGAGCAACUACACAGUCUCUCUGCUUGGCCCUGCCCCAUGGGGAUUCAGACUUCAAGGCGGCAAAGACUUCAACAUGCCGCUGACCAUCUCUAGGCUGUUGGAAGGUGGAAAAGCUGCACAGGCCAGCAUUGAGGUUGGAGAUGUGGUUCUGUCCAUCGAUGGGGUCAGCACUGAUGGGAUGACUCACCUGGCAGCGCAGAACAUGAUCAAGGCAUGCACUGGGUCCUUGAAACUCAGCCUUCAGAGGGCCUCUCCUGCUCCUAAACCCGCAGCAACAACCGUUCAAAAGGAUGAGUCCAGAGAACAUACUAUCCCUGUUGCAUCCAUCGCUCCCAUGGCUCCAAAGGCCUCACCUGCAGCCAGCUCAGCCUACAAUAAGACUGCUCGGCCCUUUGGUGCUACGGCAUCAUCGAGGGUCUCGUCUGCCCCCCCUUGCCCCCCUGCUUCGUCAGCCCUCACUCAGCCCCCGCCUCCAUCACUGGCGUCCACUGUCCAUCACUCCCCUGCUCCCCAGUCGGCUUCUCCACAGCACGUGCAUGCCAGUGUCAAAGUCGGCACCAACGGGCGCUCGCCGCCGGUAACCACCUCCAAAUCGCCAGUAACCUCGUCCGUUAAUGUCCCAUGGCAGCCCAGGGUGUACAACACGCCCAUAAACCUCUACUCCUCUGACAAUGCCUUUGAGGUGGCAGAGGGACAGAAGAGAGGACUGCGAGAGGGCCAGAGUGAUGCCAAACAGCAAAAUGGCAAGCGGCAGACACUCAUCGCCAUGACAGCCCACAUCCCACCCCUGUGCCAGGUGAGCUUUGCCAACUCACCUGGUUACCACAGCACUGUGAGCUCCCAUUCGUCUCGUGAUUUGAAUUCUGUCGCACAAGCAAGGGUCACCAGGCGAAUUGUGAAGUGUGCCGAUUCUGAGAUCCCACAUCACCACCUUAGCGACCAGAGCAAGAAGCGUUUAAUGCAAGACACCGAAGACUGGCAGCCCAAGACGGGCACAGCUCAGUCUCGUUCGUUCUCCAUCCUUGCCCAGAUGACGGGCACUGAGCAUUCGGUAACACCAGUUAGCGAGGUUAGCAAGAAGACAAGUGGAGAGCGUCCAGACGUUCUACAACCCAUUGGCCCGGCUACAGCCUCGGUCAAGCCCAUGUCGAAGCCCAGUGGAGUCUGCCGCACCUCUCCUGCCGCUGCCGUAUCCAGCCCAGCCUUCAAGCCCACAGGAGUCCCCGGUGCUGCCAAAACAACUGCUUGGCAACCUGGAAACUCAGCAGUAAACAGUCUCCCCAAGACUACACUGCCGACUGCACACGUCUCUCCUGCUAAUUCCACAUCCAACUCGAAGGGGCCCAGCACCACAAUGAACAAGCCACCACUGCAAGAUGAUGACACGUUGGUUCAAAUGGCCGAACACAUCCCAGCUGGGAACAGGACGCCAAUGUGCGCCCACUGCAACUUGGUUAUUAGAGGCCCGUUCCUGGUGGCCAUGGGCCGUUCCUGGCACCCGGAAGAGUUUACCUGCGCCUACUGUAGCCUAUCGCUGGCCCACAUUGGGUUUGUGGAAGAGAAAGGAUCAGUGUACUGUGAGAAGUGCUACGAGCAGUUCUUUGCCCCUGAAUGUGCCCGGUGCCAAAGGAAGAUCCUGGGGGAAAUCAUCAAUGCCUUGAAGCAGACUUGGCAUGUGAACUGCUUUGUGUGCGUGGCUUGCAUGCAGCCCAUUCGAAACAACGUCUUCCACAUGGAGGAUGGAGACCCUUACUGCGAGAAAGAUUAUUAUAAUUUAUUUGGCACCAGUUGCCAUGGCUGCGACUUUCCCAUUGAAGCUGGAGACAAGUUCCUGCAGGCCUUGGGCUGCACUUGGCAUGACACCUGCUUUGUCUGCGCUGUCUGUAGUGCAAACUUAGAAGGCCAAACCUUCUUCUCGAAGAAGGACAAGCUAUUGUGCAAGAAGCAUGCUCACACAGUGAACGUCUAAACUCGACCAGGGGCCAAAAGGAGAGGAGUAAGAGGAACAUUUGGAAGAGUUGAAGACAGACAAAUAAUUUGUUUCAUUUUUCUUGUAUAAGGCAGCCAACCCAUGAUUAGUUAUUGGGUUUAAAGGGGGAACGAAUUGGUGUAAGGUGAUUGAAUAUAUUUUGGUUUGGGGCUCUACUUAGAUCCUUUAAUAAAAAUACCUGGUGGUUUGGUCACGUUUUGGAAUGGCAUUGGAAUACCGACCUGGAAUCUAUUUUCCUGAAUCUUUCAUUGACUUGUUACAUAACAGCUGUUAAAAUGAGCAAGGUUUCUUAAAAGGCACAGCACUCAAACCUCUGGCUGCUUCCUUGAAUGAUAGUUACCCUAAUGAUUUAGUAAUUUAGGUAGUGUGAUCACAGUACAGGUCUGAUUGAACGUUAUCAUCCAUAUUUGUGGAAAAUCGCGUUAACUCCCUGUUUUUGUAAAUUCAGAACUAAUUCUCUGCCUUUUUGAAUAAGAUCUCCUUAACUUAAUUGAGUUUAUUUCUGUGAGAAAUGUUAGUUCCAACUUUGAAUAUAAUUUGGCUAAGGUACUGUGGACAUUUGUAAAACAAAAAAAGACAGGUCAAUUUUAAUAUUGAUUGAUCUCUCUGGCAUUUCCAUGGCUUUAUAUUUUAAAACUUAAAAGCAACUCUAUGCUAAUGCUUCAGAGAUUUUGCGUGCUUAUGAAGCAGAAUCAACUAUUAAUGGUGAAGUCAAAUAGAGCUUUGUUAUAUGAAUUAUGAUUGGGAAAACAAUUCAAAAUGAUGAACCUGUCAGAUCAAUGGAAUAUUUUCAAUCUUUAUUACAAACUGGAACAUCGUGUUAUGCAAUCCAAUGUCAGAAAUUAACUAUUUUCUGAAUCUUCUGGCCUAUUUUUAAAGUUAGCAUAGUGAGUAUUAAAUGUCUAUCACUUCUGAAUGCAGGUCCAAACACAAAUAAAAAGUUUAUUUUUUUUAUCUGGGUACGGCUGAUAUGAUUAGUAUUGAUUUCAAAAAUUGGGAGCCAGAAUAGAAAUUCUUUCAGGUGGAUGGGAAUGUCUGGUUUAAUAUUCUCAUUGGCAUUUUUCUUGUGGGGACAAAGUGGACUGCCAGCCUUCAUGUGUGAGACAGGCUUUUGCCAUUUCUUGUGAGGUUAUGUACUGAGGCACAAGGUCAGACUGAAUCCAGUGGUACUACAGAAACCAGGAAAUAACCUUCUGAGCACGUUUUAAAAUAUCACCUGUUCAUCUGUAACGACUCAUAAUAUAAAUAGGAGAGAUCUCUGCUACCAAUUGGAUGCUGUGUCGAUAUCUCCCUUUGACCCAUCCACACAUUUUUAAUCACAGCACCUUUUCAAGGGUGUACAACCCUGUUACUAUUGGCCUUUGAUUUCUGUUUGAUCGUGUGUGCUCAGUGCUGGAUUGGAAGUCUGUACGACACCACCCGUAGAAUGCUUUGUCAAGAAAUAAAACUGGACAACUGGGACCUUUCUGUUGCUUUGCACCUGAAAGUGAUGGGAUCGAGUUGGGGAGAGGAGUUUUUCCAAAUGCAUUCUUUUGACAUUUAGCCAGCCGCCUUUGUUCAGCCUUCACUGGUUCUGUUGGCACACACCCAGACAGUAGCUGAAUCACUUGGGUCAAUGGGAAUGGUCAGUAUUUGCACUGCAGCUCUGCAUUUUAACAUAAAAAUUGUUCCUUCCUGAAUGAUUCCUACUUGCUGUCAGUGCUCUGGUUUUGUUUGCUUAGCGGGGCAAUGUAUAAUGGUGGGAACGGGGCAAGGAACUCAACCCGACUGAUGCCUUUGUUCAAAUGUGAAGGCCAUAUAUCAUUGCUAAUAUUCAGUAGUUAAUCCUGUUGUACAUCUUGCAAUGCCUACCCACCAAAGCCAGUUCAAGGAAUGUUGCAUGGUAUAGGUCCAACCCAGCUUGUUGGAAUUUUGGCCGAUAGUUAUUUUUAAACAGAAUCUAAAUAUUCUUUGGCUACUUGGCACGUUUUGCAAAGAUUCUGAAAAAUCCAGGGAGGGGAUUUGCCUUAAUCCACUUUCUUAGCUUAGGGAUAACAUAGCCACACGUUUUAGUCCAUGGCACUGUUGGUUGCUGGAUAUCUUGGUUAGUAUUAUAACUGAUGAAAUAGGACAACAGAGCAGACCCAAUACACAGUAAGGAACCAUAGGGCUUAGUUUAAAACGUAACCUCUGUUACGUUGGUAAGUUUGCUGAAAAGUUUUGGGUUGACAUAAUAUUGUAUUUUGAGGUGACCGUGUGUGGGUGGAGAGGGAGGAGGAAGGAUCAGACAUAAGGUCUUGGUAUCACUAAGUGCUUCCCGAUGUCAGAAACCUUUUCUUGUACCGUUGCAAUGAAGUGCCACCAUAAUGUGUAAAACUAGCAGCCUCGCUUCCUCAAGGUUUUUUAUCAAGGAGGUAAUUAUCAGCAAGGGAAAUAGGCAAAAUAUUAAGCAAAACAUGCUUCAUUAAAAGCUGUCUGGAGCCUGUUUUGAAAAUUACUAGAAUGGCACUGAUUUGACUAAAUAUGUCUGUAUUGCACCAUUUUGCCUUCAGUGAUGUUACACCACCUCUCAACGCCAGAGGGCAUCAGUGGCGAAUCAUCAGCAUGAACUUCGGUAGAGGACAGAGAGCAUUAUAGUUAGAAGAUUUUGUUAUUCGAGGAAUGAUUUAUACUGAUUGACUACUGUUCAGUUUUUAAAACACUUGUAGAGAGAGGAAAGGAUUUGGUCCAUGCUGCUCUCAUUUCUGAUGCCUUCCUGUUCAACAAACCUCCUUUAUUGUGGCCUGGUAAAAGGAAAAUGUACCGAUAGCCCCAGGAUUUCCUCACCCCUUGAAGAGUCCACUGAACAGCGAGCAUGGUUUGCAAGUGAGUUCAUUUUAGUUUGCAUGCAGGCAUUGUGUUUCACCCGGGAACUGAUGGACUUGUACUGUGUUUUGGGGGGAAUAAAUGGUUUAAUUUUUCUCCGGAAUCUCAGCUGUCAGUCUGUCCACUUACAAUCCAUCCCGUGGUUCAUUCAUAAAUGAGCCAAAACCUUUCUUUUAUGGUAACAAAAUGCUGCAUACUUCCUCUCGCCACCUUUCAUCGUCAGGACUAGCAUCACUGUCAGUCAAUGGAAGUGGUCCAACUCCCCGUCUGCAUUGCUUUCAAAUAUAUCUGAAAUUAUUUUAAGGCUUUGCCACAUAAGAGCUUAAAAUUAAAUCACUAAGCAUUAUAAGCAAUUCUGCUUGGAUUUAACCAAUUUUAAACAGUUGUACAAGGUUUACACUUAUGCAUGGCUAUUUUCUAAAUAUGUUUGUUGAGAAUACUUUUGAACUGAAAUGUUUGCUGAUAUGCUUCCAUUGAACAAUAGAUUGAGACAAUUAAAUAAUCAAAGGAUGGUUUCUCUUUAAUAAAUCUGUUCUGUCAUUCUUUAAAAUCA